UCAGACGAUAACCACAACGAAGACAGCUCCGAGGAUGUUCUCAGAGCAGCAGCAUUGGAAUUGGGUGCUACUGAGGAAGAUAUAAGGUUAAUUGAUGGUGUGGAUGACGAAGCAAGUGAACAAGAGUUUGAUGAUGCUCCUGUGGACAAGAGUCUUAAAAAGGAGCUUUUCAAGUUUAUGAAGGGAUUGGACCUUGAGGAUCCGGAAGUGGCAGAAGAAGAAGAAGAAGAAGAAGAAGAAGAAGAAGAAGAACAAGAAGAAAAAGCGCAAGUGGAAAUAGCGGCCGCGCCAGAUAGCAAAGCUGAAGAAUCACAACCCAGCCCCAAAAAAAGCGAUAAAUUACAGAGUUUGCAGACUGUUAGUUCGGACAGACUGGUUGUUGCCCCGCGUAACGACUGGUUCAACGAGAAGCUCCCAGACGUGAAGGGCAAUGCUCUUUCACCAAAAGAGAUUGAGGAACUCUACGACAACGCCAAGCGCCUGUACAACAAGGAACAAGAAACAUACACUGAGGAAUUCAACAAAUCAUCAUCUCAGAAGCGAUUCCUCUCCCAAGUUCUCACUGGAGGUACACUAAAUGAUAAAAUUUCUGCGCUGACUCUUCUAAUUCAGGAAUCUCCAUUGCACAACCACAAGGCUCUAGAGACUAUGUUUGCCAUGUGCGAGAAGAAAUCCAGAACAGCAGCAUUACAAUGUAUUGAGGCGCUAGUUGAUUUGUUCAUCAACGGUGUUAUUCCUGCUGAUAGAAAACUAAGAUAUUUCAACAAACAGCCAUUGAGAAAGAACAUGAGUCCGAAAGAGAUGAUUGUAUUUUAUUUUGAGGAUUAUCUCAAAAAGAAGUACUUCCAAUUCAUUGGAACGUUGGAAAAACUUCUUCAAGAUAGCAUUGUGCACGUUCGUACCAAGGUGGUUGGCUACGUCUUUUCUCUGUUGAGUGCGAAGCCAGAACAAGAAGCUAAUUUGCUCAGAAUUGGUGUCAACAAAUUGGGAGAUAUCGACAAUAAGGUAGCUUCGAAAACAUCGUACCAUAUUCUGCUUUUAGAACAACAGCAUCCGGCCAUGAAGGAGAUCGUGGUGGAAAAUAUAUUUGACGUUCUUUUCCGCAAGAACAACGACCACCAUGCCAUAUAUUACUCGACUAUCACCAUUAAUCAGACAAUUUUAACGAGAAAGGAGGACAAGCUUGCAAAUAAACUAAUGGACGCAUAUUUCAAGCUCUUUGAGAAGCUGCUUCUCGAAACAGAUAGCACCAACACCACCAAAUUGAAGGAGGCAGACCACCAAAAGGACGGAAGACGCAAGAGAAACUUCAAGCGUGGUAAGAAGGGAGGAAAGUCGGAGAAAAACGAAAAGAGCGAGCAAGAGGCACUCGAAGAACGCAACAGCAAGAUGUUUGCUGCCAUUUUGACUGGUUUGAAUAGAGCCUUCCCAUUUUCCACUCUUUCUGCGUCUGUUUUUGAGUCGCAUCUGGACACUUUAUUCCGCAUCACUCACAGUUCUAACUUCAACACCAGUGUGCAGGCGCUGAUGCUUAUCCACCGAAUCACACAAAAAGGAGAAAUCAACAAGGACAGAUACUACAGAACGCUAUACGAGAGUUUGCUGGAUGACCGGCUCGUUACGUCGUCGAAACAAAAUAUUUAUUUGAACCUGCUUUUCCAAUCGUUGAAGGAAGACACCAACAAGGACCGGGUCAUGGCGUUUGUCAAGCGGAUAUGCCAAGUGUGUUUGAACUGGAUCAACAUCGGUCCUGUCGUCGGCAUGGUGUAUCUACUUGUCGAAAUUGAAAAAGAGGUGCCCGAAAUUCGUAACCUGGUAUUCAACGCUCCGGUUGAGGAUGGUGAGCAGAAAAAAGAGUACGACUCGCGGAAACGAGACCCGCAGUUCUCGAACGCCCAGGAUUCAUCUCUGUGGGAAAUGAACGUUUUUUCAAACCAUUUCCAUCCUACAGUGUCUCACUACACCGAGGCUUUCUUUGCCAACGACACCAAGGAUCUGCAGAAGCCGAACCUCGGACUGUUCACUUUGUCUCAUUUCCUGGACAGGUUUGUCUACAAGAAGGCCAAGAUGAAGCCUACGACGCACGGCCAGUCGAUCAUGCAGCCGCUUGCUGGGGCACACACGGGCCAGCUUCUCGUUAAGACCGAUGUUCACGGGGAGCUUCCAACCAACACCGAAGAUUGGAUCAAUAAGAAGGCGUCCGAGAUUCGUCCUGAGGACAGGUUUUUCUACGAGUUCUUCAGUACGAGACAAGAAAAGGCACUGGCUUCUAAGAUGGACAAGGAGCUUAACAGGAAGAUGCGGGAAGACGACGACGAGGAGUCCGAUAUUGACGAGGACAGUGUAUGGAACGCUCUGGUGAAGAGCAAUCCCGAGGUUGAGGGUCCUAGCGAGGACGAAUUAUCUGACUUUGAGAUGAGCGAGCUGAGCGACGAGGAGGAGCUGGAAGAGGUUGAAGAGGAAGAAGAAGAGGAAGAGGACGAGGAAGGACUGGUUAAGUUGAGAACUGUGGACGAUUUGGAGGUCGACGACGACGAGGAGAUCGAAGAGGAGGAGGACGAGCCUAGUACGGGCAAGUUUAGUGACUCCUCGGACUCGGACAUUGGCGAGUUGAUGGGAGAGUCGGAAGACGAGUCUGAGGAUGAGGAAGAGCAGGAAGAGGAGGCUGAGUCCAGAAAGCGGCCUAAACAGUCUACGGGACAGUCGAAGAAGCUCAAGUCGCUGCCUACGUUUGCCUCUGCGGACGACUAUGCCCAGUACUUGAACUCUUCCGAAGACGAGUAUUGA